AGGAGGAGAGGGGCACUGAGGAGCGCGUUCGAGGAGCAGCAGGUCCUCACAACAAGGAGUUCCACUUAUCCCCAGGUUGGACAUUGUCCUGUCAGAGGACACAUUCUCCAGGAUUAAGAGCUUCUGUAGGAAUCAGGAUGGCGACCAACUCCGAGGCCGCCAAGCCGGUCAUCAUGAAUGAAGAUGAACUGAAGAGGAAGCAGCGGGAGAAGCUGAAGAAGCUCCAGGCCACGGGGGGCAACCCAAGACCCGCAAGGUCCCUCUUUUUCUUCACUCUUGGAAACCCCUUCCGUAAGGCCUGCAUCAACAUUGUGGAGUGGAAAACCUUUGAGAUCAUCAUUUUACUGACCAUCUUUGCCAACUGUGUAGCUCUGGCCGUGUUUCUCCCCAUGCCUGAAGAAGACAGCAACAACACCAAUUUAAACUUGGAAAGUCUGGAGUACAUAUUCUUGAUCAUCUUCACCUUAGAGUGCUUCCUGAAGAUAGUGGCGUACGGGUUUGUGUUCCACGAAGGUGCUUAUUUACGAAAUUGCUGGAACAUAUUGGAUUUUGUCAUCGUCUUCAUGGGUCUGGUCACCUUCGCCUUGGACACCAUCAAUAUGAUAUCAGGCGUUCCACUGGAGAAAGGAGGAGGCUUUGACAUGAAGGCACUGAGAGCCUUCAGGGUCCUGCGGCCCUUAAGGCUCGUCUCUGGAGUCCCCAGCCUGCAGGUGGUGAUGAACUCCAUCCUCAAAGCCAUGCUUCCUCUACUGCACAUCGCCCUGCUGGUCUUCUUAUUGGUCACCAUCUAUGCCAUCAUGGGCCUGGAGCUCUUCAAGUGCAAAAUGCAUAAAACCUGCUACUACACGGGCACAAACAUCUACUCAACAGCAGAGGGGGCGAUGCCAGCGCCCUGUGCUCAGGCGGGCAAUGGACGUCGCUGCAUCAUUAAUGGCUCGGAGUGUCGACCUGGCUGGGAAGGUCCCAAUAAUGGCAUCACCCACUUUGAUAACAUCGGCUUCGCCAUGCUGACGGUCUAUCAGUGUAUCACCAUGGAAGGAUGGACCAAAGUUCUCUACUGGAUCAACGACGCCAUCGGGAAUGAAUGGCCGUGGGUCUACUUUGUUCCCCUAAUUCUUCUGGGCUCCUUCUUUGUCCUCAAUCUGGUUCUGGGCGUGCUCAGUGGAGAGUUUACCAAAGAACGAGAGAAGGCCAGGUCACGAGGAGAAUUCCAGAAGUUGAGGGAGCGUCAACAACUGGAUGAGGACCUCCACGGCUACAUGGAAUGGAUCACUCACGCUGAGGUCCUGGAUGCUGACAGAGAGGGCAAAGGUCUCCUACCUCUGACCAGUGGAGAUUCUGACACCGACAGCCUGUUCGAUGUGGAGGGCAAGAGUCGAGUGAUCUACUAUUAUCGCCUGGCCCGUCGCUGGAACCGAUUCUUCAGGAUGAAGUGUUUGGUUUAUGUGAAAACCAGAGCAUUUUACUGGCUGGUGAUGUUUCUGGUUCUCCUUAACACACUGACCAUCGCAACAGAGUACCACCAUCAGCCCCUUUGGCUCACAUCCCUUCAAGAUGUGGCAAGCCGCGUCCUCCUGGUGCUCUUUGUCAUCGAGAUGUUCGUGAAGAUGUACGCGCUGGGUCCCAGGGCGUAUUUUAUGUCGCUCUUCAACCGUUUUGACUUCUUCGUGGUGAUGUGCGGCAUCCUGGAGAUGAUCAUGCUGUCGGUGGGAGAGGUGACCCCUUUGGGUUUCUCUGUGCUCAGGUGUAUUCGCCUUCUGAGGAUCCUCAAAGUCACAAAGUAUUGGACCUCUCUGAGUAACCUUGUAGCCUCGCUCCUCAACUCUGUUCGCUCCAUCGCCUCCUUGCUCCUUCUCCUCUUCCUCUUUAUCGUCAUCUUCUCCCUGCUCGGCAUGCAGGUAUUUGGAGGGAAAUUCAACUUUCCCGACCACAGGCCCAGACGGAGCAACUUUGACAACUUCCCUCAGGCCCUCAUUAGCGUGUUCCAGAUCCUAACAGGGGAGGAAUGGACCGCCAUCAUGAACAACGGCAUUAUGGCCUACGGAGGACCGGUCUUCCCUGGCAUCCUGGUUGCGAUAUACUUCAUUGUCCUCUUCGUCUGCGGGAACUACAUUCUUCUCAAUGUCUUCUUGGCCAUCGCAGUCGACAACCUGGCAGAAGCGGAGAGUCUGACCUCCGCUCAGAAAGAGAAAGCGGAGGAGAAGAUGAGGAGAAAGCUGCUACGGUCCAAAAUGCCUGACAAGACAGACGAGGAGCGAGAGAGAAUCUCCAAGAAACUGGCGGAGCAGAGAGCCAAGAUGGAGGGCAUGCCCACCACAGCCAAGCUGAAAGUUGAUGAGUUUGAGUCCAACGUCAAUGAAGUGAAAGACCCCUUCCCCCCCGCAGACUUCCCAGGUGACGAUGAAGAGGAAGAGCCUGAAAUCCCCAUCAGCCCUCGGCCCCGACCCAUGGCCGACCUGCAGUUGAAGGAGGAAGCCGUCCCCUUGCCUGAAGCCAGCUCCUUUUUCAUCUUUGGCCCCCAGAACAAGUUCCGUAAGCUGUGCUACAAGAUCAUCAACGCCUCCUCCUUCACUAACCUCAUCCUGCUCUUCAUUCUGCUGUCCUCCAUCUCCCUGGCAGCGGAGGACCCCAUUGACCCCAAAUCAUACAGAAACCAGAUCUUAGCCUAUGCUGACAUUGUCUUCACCACCGUGUUCACCAUUGAGAUUGUACUCAAGAUGACCGUUUAUGGAGCGUUCAUGCACGAGGGGUCCUUCUGCCGCAACUCCUUCAACAUCCUGGAUCUGAUCGUGGUUGGAGUCUCCCUGCUCUCUAUGGGAAUGGAAUCCAGUGCCAUCUCCGUGGUGAAGAUUCUCAGGGUGCUGAGGGUGCUGAGGCCACUCAGGGCCAUCAAUCGAGCCAAAGGCCUAAAGCAUGUGGUCCAGUGUGUGUUUGUGGCCAUCAAAACCAUUGGCAACAUUGUCCUGGUCACCAUGCUGCUCAACUUCAUGUUUGCCUGCAUCGGAGUGCAACUUUUCAAGGGGAAGUUAUACAGCUGCACGGACCCAUCCAAAACAACCGAGGAGGAAUGCCAGGGAUUCUUCUUGAAGCACAUGGACAAUUCCCUGCAGGACACGGUGGUGGCCAAACGGGAAUGGCUCAACAAUGACUUCAACUUCGACAAUGUGCUCUAUGGCAUGCUGGCGCUCUUCACCGUGUCUACAUUUGAGGGGUGGCCAAAACUCUUGUACAGAGCCAUAGAUUCAGACCAAGAAGACAUGGGGCCGGUCUUCAACAACCGCGUGGACGUGUCCAUCUUCUUCAUCGUCUACAUCAUCCUCAUUGCCUUCUUCAUGAUGAACAUCUUUGUGGGUUUCGUCAUUGUCACCUUCCAGGAGCAAGGAGAGCAGGAGUACAAGAACUGUGAGCUGGACAAGAACCAGCGCCAAUGUGUGCAGUAUGCCUUGAAGGCCCGACCCCUGAGGUGCUACAUCCCCAAAAACCCGUACCAGUACAGGGUCUGGUACAUCGUCACGUCCUGCUACUUUGAGUACCUCAUGUUCUUCCUCAUCAUGCUCAAUACUUUGUGUCUGGGGGUGCAGCACUGUAACCAGUCAGACCAUGUGACCAAGCUGUCGGACAUCCUCAACUUGAUCUUCACUGUGCUCUUCACGGUGGAGAUGAUUCUCAAGCUCAUGGCCUUCAAAGCAAAGGGCUACUUUGGAGACCCCUGGAACGUGUUUGACUUCAUCAUCGUCAUCGGAAGCGUUGUUGAUGUCAUCCUCAGCGAAGUGGACACCGCCCUGGCCGCCAGUGGGGGGCUCUACUGUCUCCAAGGCUGUGAGGACACGAAUCCCAUGCAAGCAAUCGCAGCCUCGGAAAACGCCUCCGUUUCCAUCACGUUUUUCCGACUCUUCCGUGUCAUGCGCCUGGUCAAGCUACUGAACCGAUCCGAGGGCAUCCGCAACCUCCUGUGGACGUUCAUCAAGUCCUUCCAGGCUCUUCCUCACGUGGCUCUGCUCAUCGUGAUGCUCUUCUUCAUCUACGCCGUCAUCGGGAUGCAGAUUUUCGGGAAGAUAGCCUUGGUGGAUGGCACGGAAAUCAACCGCAACAACAACUUCCAGACGUUCCCGCAGGCGGUUCUCAUGCUAUUCCGGUGUGCUACUGGAGAAGGAUGGGAGGAGGUCAUGAUGGCGUCCAUGUACGGGAAGAAGUGUGACCCCAAGUCCGACUUCCUGCCAAGGGAGGAGUACACUUGUGGCUCCAACUUCGCCGUCUUCUACUUCCUAAGCUUCUACUGUCUCUGUGCCUUCUUGAUCCUCAACCUGUUUGUUGCAGUCAUCAUGGACAACUUUGACUACCUGACGCGGGAUUGGUCCCUGCUUGGUCCUCACCACCUGGAUGAGUUCAAGAAGAUCUGGGCUGAAUAUGACCCAGAGGCCACAGGGAGAAUCAAACAUCUGGAUGUGGUGACGCUGCUACGACGCAUCCAGCCUCCUUUGGGCUUCGGCAAGUUCUGUCCUCAUCGAGCAGCUUGUAAGCGUUUGGUGGGCAUGAACAUGCCCCUCAACAGCGACGGCACCGUCACCUUCAACGCCACCCUCUUCGCUCUGGUCAGGACGGCGCUGAAGAUCAAGACGGAAGGAAACUUUGAGCAAGCCAACGAGGAGCUCAGAGCUAUCAUCAAGAAAAUCUGGAAGCGCACCAGCAUGAAGCUCCUGGACCAGGUCAUCCCCCCGAUAGGAGAUGAUGAGGUCACCGUGGGGAAAUUCUACGCCACGUUCUUGCUUCAGGAUCAUUUACGGAAGUUCCUGAAGCGUCAGGAGGAAUACUACGGCUACCGGCCCACGAAGAAGAACGCCUCAGGCCCUGAGAUCCAAGCCGGUCUGAGGAGUAUCGAGGAUGAGGCGGCUCCGGAAAUGCACAGGGCCAUUUCUGGAGACCUGCAGAAUGAGGAGGAGAUGGACAGAGCGAUGGAGGACGCUGGAGAAGAGCUUAUUUACCAGCGUACGCAUGGCUUGUUUGGGAAUCGCGUGGAGUCUUUCUCGGCUGACAAUAGCGACACCCAGUCUCCACACAUGACCAACCAGAGGCCCCUCAAGUUCUUGGAAAACCAUCCCGAGUCCUCCGUUGAGGAUCCCAUUGCAGACUUCCUCGCCAGCACGGCCCCCAAAGACAACACCAACAACAACGCCUUCGCAGAGUUUUCGUUGGAAAGAGAAGGCAGUCCUGAAGAGUUGGAUGGUCCCGGUGAGGAUCCAGACCCAGAGAACCGCCACUCCUGGACCUUCCCAGGGAGGACGGACGCUACGCAGUUCCCUUAUAAGCCGAGGCUCAGCGACAGUCCAAACGGCAGCUCCCAUAGUGCCGCCGCCCACCUUUUCCAGGAGGAGACGGCGGACGUCGUGCACACAACUCUAGAAGACAUGGAAGACGUAGCUCGGGCUCUCCUCAACCAGCGCCCCAGCUGCGUGGCCCCCGUCAAAAAGAAACGCCCCGUCCCUGUGCCUCCUUGCCCCCAGGCUGCGGCAUCCAGGGACCCAGAGCGUCCGGACCCGGCUGUGAGGAGGAAGAGGCGUCCUGGUCCUCCAGCUUCCUCCGCUCAUGUCCAGACUAGAACGGAGCUGCCUGAGGCCGAUUAUGACGUUUAGAGGUCACAUGGUGUUUAAAACAUAUUUUUAUUUGAGAAGGUGAGCACAUCCUGAUGGUCUGAAAGGCAGCUGAGAUGUGGUGGAAACACACUGAAAUAUUGGAAUUGGAAGUAACUGCAAGUACAAAUUACUAUCCAUAAAAACAUUUGUAUUAAAGGUUAACAAUGGACAAAAUGUGAUUAAUCCUAAUUUCAAUAUUUAAUCAAGUGUAAAUAAUGGAUGAAAGCGCUGGUGAGUGAAGGUAAUGCUUUAAAAUGGAUGGCCCCCUGCAGGCUACGCUGGUGUAAAGUGAGCCCGUCCGUCUAUUAAUAGUCCUGCCUAGUGAGCAGGCCGCUUAUGGCCUGGAAUGUCGUGCAGUAUCCCGGGUGGGCGGCUUGUAUUCAACUAAAAGUGUCGUUAAGAUCUGGGAUUUAAACACAUACAAUCCAAUAAAAACUUGAAUCUCAAAGUAAACAUUAGCAAAGACCUUAAAUAAUUCAAACGAUAUUUAUUGAAAGCGGACGAAUGAAUAAAAGAGCAUAGACCUGUCUCACAUAGACCUGACUCACAUAGACCUGCCUCACAUAGACCUGACUCACAUAGACCUCUUCCCACAGUGAAGCUGACUCGGGAAUAUCUGCUGGGCUCCAUGAUGUAGCAUCAACUACACACUAGUCACAAUAAAACAACAAAAUGCUAAAUGUACAUUUUAGGAAUAGGCACAUCCUUGGGGGGGGGGGGGGGGGGCCCAUGAUGUGUCUGCUUAAAAAAAAGUGGUAU